UCAUGGCUUAAGAGAGAGACAGAGAGAGAGAGACAGAGAGAGAGAGACACACACAGAGAGAGACGUUUGAGAUUGACGAACAGAAGAAGAGAAUCCGAAACAAAUCACAUGGAAGAAGAGCUCACUGCUACCGUUACCUUCUCCACUCUUCACCUUCAUUAGGGUUUCUUCUCUCUCUCUCUAUUUAGCUGCGCAGCUUUUGAUUUCUCUCUCUCUCUCUCCCUCCCUCUUUCUCCCUAAUUCACUUCUUAAAACUUGUUACUUUCUUCCUGGGUUUUUCUCACUUUUUCGAUCUAUUACCGAAAGUUUUUGAAUUUGUGAGUGAGAGAUAAGAUUGAGUGUGAGAUGGAGGAAGGAAGUUUGUUCAGAUCUCUCUUAGCUAUUCUUCAGUGGUGGGGUUUCAAUGUUACCGUCAUCAUCAUGAACAAAUGGAUCUUUCAGAAACUGGAUUUCAAAUUUCCACUAUCGGUUUCCUGUGUUCACUUCAUAUGUUCAUCGAUUGGAGCAUACAUCGUCAUCAAAGUUCUCAAGCUUAAACCUUUGAUUGUGGUUGAUCCAGAAGAUCGAUGGAGGAGGAUUUUUCCUAUGUCUUUCGUCUUCUGUAUUAACAUUGUGUUGGGUAAUGUCAGCCUUCGGUACAUCCCUGUUUCGUUUAUGCAGACGAUUAAAUCCUUCACUCCAGCAACUACAGUUGUCUUACAGUGGCUGGUAUGGAGGAAAUACUUCGACUGGCGUAUUUGGGCGUCUCUUGUGCCCAUUGUUGGAGGAAUUCUUCUGACCUCUGUUACUGAACUUAGUUUUAACAUGUUUGGAUUCUGUGCUGCCCUGUUUGGAUGUUUAGCUACUUCCACAAAGACUAUUCUAGCCGAAUCUCUUCUUCAUGGUUACAAAUUUGACAGCAUAAACACCGUAUACUAUAUGGCGCCUUUUGCCACCAUGAUUCUCGGGAUACCAGCAUUAUUACUGGAAGGCAGCGGAAUUUUGAGUUGGUUUGAAGCACACCCAGCUCCCUGGUCAGCCCUCAUCAUUAUAUUCAGUUCUGGUGUUUUAGCCUUCUGCCUCAACUUCUCCAUCUUCUACGUUAUUCACUCCACAACCGCGGUCACUUUCAACGUAGCUGGAAACCUUAAGGUUGCAGUGGCUGUAUUGGUCUCAUGGUUGAUAUUCCGUAACCCUAUAUCAUAUAUGAAUGCUGUUGGAUGCGGAAUUACACUUGUGGGCUGCACUUUUUAUGGAUAUGUGAGGCAUAUGCUUUCGCAACAGACACCAGGAACUCCUAGGACUCCUCGUACCCCAAGAAGCAAGAUGGAAUUACUUCCACUUGUUAAUAAUGAUAAAGUUGAAGGCAAAGUCUGAUCUCAUCCAAUCUACAGCUCAGUUUAGUACUCACUGAUUCAGGGUGCUGCAGAAGAAAAGCAUUCACACAAGGGGUGUUGAAUUUUUACUAAAUAUGCAUUUUACUCAAAAACCUUAAUAGAGAAAAGUAACAUUUUGUUUUUUUCGUUUUGAUUUGGGCUCUUAGAAGAGAUAAUGAUUCGUACUAUUUAUAUCUGUGAAAUGUAGAAUUUUUAAUUUAUCAAAUACAUUUUCAGAAACCUGAA